GGAUCUCGGGUCAUCAUGACUGAGCUGCAGGCAAAGGAUCCGCAGGCUCCCCACGCGACGGGCACCGCACCCUCCCCCACCCACGUCGGGUCCCUCUUGCUUGGACGGCUGGAACCGGGUCCCCUCCAAGGGAGUCAACCCUCGGACGCGUCCGCAUCGUCUGUAGUCUCGCCUAUACAGAUCUCCCUGGACGGGCUGCUUUUCCCUAGGUCCUGCCAGGGGCCAGAGCUCCCAGACGGAAAGACACCGGAGCAGCCGUCGCUGUCCGACGUGGAGGGAGCGUUCUCCGGAGUCGGAGCCGCUCGUGGGGCAGGAGGCAGCAAUCCCAGAGCCUCCGAGAAGGACAGCAGACUCUUAGACAGUGUCUUAGACACGCUGCUGGCGCCCUCAGGGACCAAGCAGGGUCACACCAGCCCCCCAGCCUGCGAGGCCAUCACUCCUUGGUGUCUCUUUGGGCCGGAGCUUCCAGAAGAACCCCGCAGCGUUCCCGCUACCAAGGGGUUGUUGUCCCCGCUCAUGAACCGGCCAGAGAGAGAGGCCGGCGACAGCUCCAGAUCAGGAGCCGGGCAGAAGAUGCUGCCGAAGGGGCUGUCACCCCCUCAGCAUGGGCUGCUCCCCGCCUCCGGGGGUGCGCCCUGGUCAGGGCCCGCGGUGAAGCCGCUCCCUCCGCCGGCCGCGGUGGAGGUGGAGGAGGACGGGGGCCUGGAAACCGAGGGCUCCGCGGCUCCACUUCAGAAGAGCAAGCCUCGAGCCCCGGAAGGCGCGGGCAGCGGCGGCGGAGUCGCAGCCAGCGUGCCCGCGGCGGCUCCGGGAGGCGUCGCUCUGGGCCCCAAGGAGGAUUCCCGGUUUUCCGCCCCCAGGGUCUCCUUGGAGCAAGACGCCCCGGUGGCGCCUGGGCGCUCCCCACUGGCCACCACAGUGGUGGAUUUCAUCCACGUGCCCAUCCUGCCUUUCAACCACCCUCUCCUGGCCGCCCGCACCCGGCAGCUGCUGGAGGGGGACGGCUACGACGGCGGGGCCCCAGCCCAGGGCGCCUUUGGCCCUCCUCGGGGCUCGCCGUCCACGCCCUCUCCGCCGGUGCCCUGCGGCGACUUCCCGGACUGCACCUACCCUCCGGACGGCGAGCCCAAAGACGACGCGUUCCCUCUGUACGGCGACUUCCAGCCGCCGGGCUUGAAGAUCAAGGAGGAAGAGGAAGGCGCGGAGGCGGCUGCGCGCUCGCCGCGCCCCUACCUGUUAGCCGGAGCCGGCGCCGCCACCUUCCCACCAGAUUUCCCGCUGGCGCCGGCGCCGCCGCGAGCGCCCUCCUCCAGGCCCGGGGAGGCGGCGGUGGCCGGCGGCCCCGGCAGCGCGGCGGGGUCGCCCUCGCCCUCCUCGGGGUCCGCGCUGGAGUGCAUCCUGUACAAGGCGGAGGGCGCCGCGCCGCCCACGCAGGGCGCCUUCCCGCCGCUGCCCUGCAAGCCCCCGGCCGCCGGCUCCUGCCUGCUCCCGCGGGACAACGUGCCCGCCGCCCCCGGUGCCGCUGCAGCAUCCGCCAUCUACCCGCCGCUCGGCCUCAACGGGCUGCCGCAGCUGGGCUACCAGACCGCGGUGCUCAAGGACAGCCUGCCCCAGGUCUACCCGCCUUACCUCAACUACCUGAGGCCAGAUUCGGAAGCCAGCCAGAGCCCACAGUAUGGCUUUGAUUCCUUACCUCAGAAGAUCUGUUUAAUCUGUGGGGAUGAAGCAUCUGGCUGUCACUAUGGUGUCCUUACCUGUGGGAGCUGUAAGGUCUUCUUUAAAAGGGCGAUGGAAGGGCAGCAUAACUAUUUAUGUGCCGGAAGAAAUGACUGCAUUGUUGAUAAGAUCCGCAGGAAAAACUGCCCAGCAUGUCGCCUGAGAAAGUGCUGUCAGGCUGGCAUGGUCCUUGGAGGUCGGAAGUUUAAGAAGUUCAAUAAGGUCCGAGUUAUGAGAGCCCUCGAUGGUGUUGCUCUUCCUCAGUCAGUGGGCCUCCCCAAUGAGAGCCAGGCCCUGGGCCAGAGAAUUACCUUUUCACCAACUCAAGAAAUACAGCUGGUUCCCCCACUCAUCAACCUGCUCAUGAGCAUUGAGCCUGAUGUGGUCUAUGCAGGACAUGACAACACCAAACCCGACACUUCCAGCAGUUUGCUGACCAGUCUCAAUCAACUAGGCGAGAGGCAACUGCUUUCAGUAGUCAAAUGGUCUAAGUCCCUGCCAGGUUUCCGGAACUUACAUAUCGACGACCAGAUAACCCUGAUUCAAUAUUCCUGGAUGAGCCUGAUGGUGUUUGGCCUGGGGUGGAGGUCCUACAAGCAUGUCAGUGGGCAGAUGUUAUAUUUUGCACCUGAUCUAAUCCUGAAUGAACAAAGGAUGAAGGAGUCUUCGUUCUACUCCCUGUGCCUUACCAUGUGGCAGAUCCCACAGGAGUUCGUCAAGCUCCAGGUGACCCACGAGGAAUUCCUCUGCAUGAAAGUCCUGCUACUUCUUAAUACAAUUCCUUUGGAAGGACUGAGGAGCCAAAACCAGUUUGAAGAGAUGAGGUCGAGCUACGUCCGAGAACUGAUCAAGGCGAUAGGCCUAAGACAGAAAGGGGUGGUCCCCAGUUCACAGCGCUUCUAUCAACUUACCAAACUUCUCGACAGCUUGCAUGAUCUUGUGAAACAGCUCCACCUGUACUGCUUGAACACGUUCAUCCAGUCCCGGACACUGGCCGUCGACUUUCCGGAAAUGAUGUCUGAGGUCAUCGCUGCACAGUUGCCCAAGAUCCUGGCGGGCAUGGUGAAGCCUCUCCUCUUUCAUAAAAAGUGAUGACUUUUCUUUGUCUUCUUGAAUUGAAUGUUGUGGCGCGUCUUCUUUAUUUCCUUUAGGACGGUCGGGUCUUGUGUCUUUAUAAUGUUCUUCUGAAGGCCUUAUGUGUAUACCUAUCACACUGUAAAUUUAUGAGAAAAUGUGUGAGAUUCUGACUUGCCUUUGUAAUGCCUAAGCGGAGUUUUUAAAGUGUUUUGAGGGUUUAUAUGGUUAAAAAGUGGCUAAAACUGACUGUAUAUGGAAUCUAUAUCUCAUCCCUUUUAUUUUACACUUUUCAAGUACAGAUCUUUAACUUUUGCAUCUAACAAAUCUUCUUUAGAGGAGAGAAACACCCCUACCUUUAGCAGGCUACCACGCAGGCUGCUGCUAGGUAGCUCCUUUGGUCUCCCUCCUUAUAUUUCCAAAACUGAACCUUUAAAAUAUCAGCAAAGAAUGUAACCUGAAACAGAUUUUCAAAGGGUUUUUAAUGCAAAAAAAAAAAAUCAGAAACAGAAAUGAAACGGGUUGAUGUUUUUGAGACGAGGCAAACAGUGUUAAGGCAGUGCCUGGUUGGAAGCAGAUUCAUGACAGAGGUAACACCAGCCAUACAGUUGCUGUAACAUUGUGGUGAGGGUGGGUCUGAGGGAGAGGAUUCCUUAUUAGGCCUGUGACUAGACAGGGAAGUCAGGUCUGUUCUCUCACUGGAAUCCCUACUGUUGGCUGACCUUGCAAAGUCGGUUACCCCCUUGGUAGUUCUCUGUCCUUGCGUUUUAGAGUGUAUGACAGCAUCUUUCAUGAAAAAUGCUUCCUUGGGCCAGAUCUUAUUGGCAUUUUAUCAAACAAGGCUGGAAGGGAAGGAGAGAGAAAUAAAGGGAGGGAGAAAGGCAGGGGGGAGAGGAGGGUAAAAUACCAUUCCUUUCUUGGAUAGUGUUUUUCUUCCUUGAAGGAAAUGUAGCCAAUGUAUCUCAGGUGGAAAAUAUUUUUAGUGCCUCUAAAUCUGAAAGAGAUGCUUUAGAAAUGGAAAAGUCUCAGGUAGAAAAGUUUUGAGUGCCUAUGACCCAACAGUGAGUUGUUUCAGGAAAUCUUAGAUACUUGCUUAAAAUAAUACAACCAGGUACAGUUAUGAUAAAACACACAAUUCACUUUGCCAUUUCUACUUAAAAUGUUUAUUUGAAAGGCAUACACUAGUUCUUUUCCUAGGUGAGUCACUAGAUAUACGUUAGCUUAAAAAAACACACACACACAUUUACCAAGUUUACACCACUAGUGAAUCCAGUAAAAGUCAAUUACUGUUUGCUUUUAUCGACAUUGAUAUCAAUUCCAGUCAUAACAGAUAUAUAUAUAUAUAUAUGUAUAUAUAUGUAUAUAUAUAUCCUGUUAAAAACAUGUUCCCAAAUUUUCUUUAAAAGUAUUUUUGUUGUUUUAUAAAUAAAAUAUGCACAUUGAUAAAAAAAUAACCUUUAAAGAUAAUAUAGAAAAAUUGCAAAAUGCUUUCUAGUUUUUAAUUACCUAUUUUUUAAACCAUUGAAUGCUUAGUUUACCAAGAGACAGUGCAGAUCAAUAUUGCCAACAAAUAUUAUCAUGACCAUCAAAGCAAAGAUGUUUUCGUCUGAUCAGAAAUCAGCCCUCAUAUUACUAUAAGUGUCCUAACAAUAAAUCUCUAAAUUAAAGAAAAAAGAAUUGACUAUGGCGUAGCCAUAAAUAAUAAGUUCUUUGACACAUUUCAAAUAGGGAUUGAAGUAAGGACUAAUCCGGACUGUUGGCUGGUGUCCCUUCCCUGCAUGUAGAAAUUGUAACGGCUUACCCGCACAGCAGUACCUUGGAUAGAGCUGUCAAUCAACGUUUUACCCAAGUCUCCUCCUAGUAGUGUACUUGCCUUCUUGUGCAAUGUGUCUGAUACACAUUACACUCUUGGCUGGGGCUUGGUUCUUCACAAUCUCCACACACACACACGCACGUUCUCACUUCACAUUUCAGGCCAAAGGCACCAUCUUGAGAAAGGAUCUGAUUCCUUGGGCUAUAUCCUUUGAUUUGUCAACUUACUGUGCUGCUGUUAUGUUCCUGCUCUGACAAUCUUCACAUAGGAAAACAAAACAAAAUAAAACAAAAAACAAACAAAAAAAGAGAGAAAAGAAAAGGAAGAAAAAAUUCUGCUGUAAUUUCUGCACUCUGACUCCAGACCCAUGCAUGUGUCUCAUUUCUGUAAAGUCUUUUCCAGCCUGUCACACAGCGGUUUGAUAGGCUCUGUUUCCCUGUAGCUGAUUAAAUUGCAACAAUAUGUAGCUGCUCCCUGCUGAUGGUCUGUAGGUCUGGUACUGCGCUGAGGAGAGUUUCUUGACAGAGUUGGUGAUCACAUUUGUCCUGUUGCUGUGGGUCUCCUGAGUGCCAUUGAUAAAUCACUUCUCAUGGCUUCAUCACUCGUUUUAUCUGCAACUUUGUUUCUCUUCAUUCUAGCCUGUCUUUUCCCUAUCCUACGAUAACUUGCCUUUUAUUGACUACAACAUGGGAGCACAUUUUACAUGAUUUCAGAAAAAAAAAGGUCUGUUUCCUGUUCUGAACUUUACAACAGAAUGAAUGGAAUAUUUUUUCCUUCGCUUUAAAAGGUUCUACAAACAGUUAAGUACUCUGACAGUGUUUUAUAUUGCAAAGCUCAAUGUAAAACAUUCCCUUCGUUUCUGAUUUUAUUUAACAGCGUAAGAAAUGUGUGAAUACGAUUUAAUAGAACCUGGAGCUGAAGAAAAACUGCAUAUAACUCAAGAAAUUAUAGCCCAAGAGUAGUAUAAAUCUAGUGUCUGCUAAGUAGAGGGCCAUCAGAUACGUGUGGUAUAUGAAUUACAUUCUUAAGGUUGGAUAGGUCAAGGCAUUAAUUAUGUGUAAUUUCAAUGAGAUAAGUACUAAAAAAGAUAGUAUUUUUAAAUUAAUAGUUAUUUAAUCUAGGCAACUGACAGCAAUUCAUUUGCUUUAAAGUUCUGUGUACAUUUGUUUAUUGGAAAAGCUUUCAACACCAUUUUCCAAAAAUACAAUCACAAUAAAAAUUUUUAAAACUUAGCAAAUAGAAUACUUAGGGGACUUUUUCUUCUGUGGCAGUUGUGUGCGUUGUGAGAGAUUGGUGCAUGAAUGCAGCCGAGACCAAUGUCAUGGGCUCUUUUAUAUGAGUAAUGGACCCUGGAACACUGAAGGCAGUAAUUAUUCAAUCAUUUUUUUUCUUUGAUUAAAAGACUAACUUGAUAGUAGUCAUCUCUGUAUACCAACACAGUUAAUUUUCAAAAUAAUGAGGAUCUUCUAAUACCAUUCAACAAAGGGGAAAUAAAGUGUGUUUGCCUCAGGGCUGGAUUUUAUUAUGGCCCUUGUUUUGUAACUGCCUAAAAACAUUUGAUAUUCCUGAUCUUGAUCUCCAACACUAGGAUUUAGUAUUUAAGGCUAAUCUUAAAAAAAAAAAAGAAAGAAAAACAUUCCCAGAAGAGUGUGACAUGACCAAAUGGAAGUUAUCUCAUCUCUGAAUCUUUUACUCUGCAAUUUCCAACUAUGAUGACUCCAUUCCGAUGUAGUCAUUGUACCCUUCAUCUCCAUUCUGCAGGUCAUGCUCUUUGGGUUUCUCUAAAGUUCAGUUAAAGCAUAAGAAUACAGAAAAUACUUGAAUGUCAUUGAAGCAGAUUUUUUACUUCAUGAUAUAUUUCCUUUACAAAAGUUAGAAAAAUGAUUUGUGUCUAAAGAGAUGAUGUGUCCAGUAUCAAUUAUUUUGUGGAACUAUUUUGUUUCUGGUGAUUAAAGAACUUGGUACCUUG